AUGGCUGCCCCCCCCGGCGGCGGCGGCGCAAACGCAUGGAGGCCCGGCAUGCCCAUGCAGGGCUGCGUUUCCGUCGGGCGCCACCCGGCUGGCCAGAUGCAGGGCGCGACGCCCGCCCGCGUGCUGGAUUACAUCAUGGGCUUCAAGCGGCAGCCCAGGCCGUCCGGGCCUGCGCCGGAGUGGGUGGCGGACCUGGAGCAGGCCAUGCCGCCGGGGCACUUCCAGGCCAACGUCACCGCGCACCAGGCGAGCGGGGCGCAGCAGGCGGCGCACGAGGCGGCGGCGCAGGUCGCCGCCGCCCGCGGUGGCCCCGGCGCGCCGCCGGAGACGGCCGCGGCUGGCGGCGCGGCCGCGGCCGUCAAGGACCGCCGCCACGGCUUCGACUCACCAGGCGGCGGCGACCCCUCGGCCGGCGCGGCUGCGCCACCGCCGCCCCCCCCGGUGGCCACCCCGCCUCCCGACUACUACGCCGCGCUGGAGUGCACCUCCAGGGCCGACGACGCCGAGAUCCGAUCCCCCGAGGUCGCCUUGAGGCAUCCUGAGGACUGGCACUACCAGUUCUACAUGGGGCCGAAGGCUCGGGGCGCGAUCAUGGCGAACCAGAGGCUGGUGCCAACGCUGCAGGACACCUUCGACAAGCGCAGCCACGGCUUCGUCCAGAGAGUGCCGCCGGCCCAGGCCGCGGAGGCCGAGUACUCGCCCCGCAGGACGAAGUACUUCACCUGGACGACCAUGACGCCGCAGGCGGUGCCCUACAUGCGGACCUCGAACCCCUUCUGCCCGGUCACCCCAAACCGCACAGGCUGGCGCGAAUACGUGGAGCAGAAGAACGUGCGCGGUGCGGUGCGGGUGAAGUCGCCCACCGCCCAGCAGCACCGCGUGAGGCAUCUGCAGGAUCCCAAGCCCAAGCGGGAGAAGCAUGUCGUCUCGGGCACGGACCACACGGUGCCGGCCUUCCCCAGGCAGGACUGAGGGCCCCAGCUGCAUCGGAGGCGACGACGGGUGCGGAUCGCCAACGUGCGCCCCGCUGCAGGCUGCAGCCCGUGACUGCCUGCGGCCUGCAGCUGCUCUUCUGGCCUUUUGGUGAGCAGAUGGGCUGUCUGACAGGCCCUGCUUGCGCUGAGCCUGGCCUUUCGUAGGGCCCCUUCUACUGCAGAUGGUGGCUCCAGCGUGAUGG